AUGGCGCCGCCGGUGCUGGAGGUGGCGCAGGCCAUCGCCGCGGAGGGGAAGAAGGGCGCGAAGGGGGAGGUCAAGUGGCUGAAGCACUACUCCUCGGCGCAGAGCAUCCUGGUCGUCGGCGACGGGGACUUCUCCUUCUCGCGGUCGCUCGCCACCGCCUUCGGCUCCGGCGAGAACCUCGUCGCCACGUCCCUCGACUCCUACGGUUAUCUGAGAAUCAUGUACAGCCAUGCGGAAUCGAAUGUAACGUCGCUGAAAAAGAUGGGCGCCACAGUCUUGCAUGAUGUCGACGCGACAGAGAUGAAGAGUCACGCCCAUCUGAAGCAUUAG